UGCAGUGAUGAUUUUUUCCUGUCAUAAUAAAAACAAAAGCACACGAUUAAUGAACCGAUUGGCAUACUGUGAUCACGCCGGAAUUUGGCCUAUCGCGUGCUCGUUGUAAUUAUUGAAAAAAAUUGUGAUUUUUUCACAAAUAGAUCACAAAACAAUAACGUUAACAAUUCGGCCACCAUGGUGAAAGUAAACAAAACUCAACUUUCUCAGAAGGGGCUUAAGGCGGCCUUGAAAAUUCUUAGAGAAAACACGCAAAAUCCUGAAAUUUUUCUCACUAUUCAAACAAAUGUAGCUGAAAAAAUAAAACCGCUGGUAAAAACAGUCUAUGACCAUGGUGGUUAUUUUGACCAGCAAAAUUCCGUCACUAAGAAGAUUGCCAAGCCCUACCUCGAUGAGCUGGUUGUCAAAGAAAUGGACGAGGAGCAAAUUUGGCAACAGCUGGAACUUAAAAAUGAAUAUCUCCUGAGAGAAGAACAACUUCCGGUGACCUCAAAACUGUUGGCAAUAGGAGAUGAAAAAUUGCGGCUCGGUUUCCGGAUCGACGAGACGAUGGAAAACGAUUGUGAUGCGAAGCUAGAGGACAAUUCUGAUCAUCGAAGUGAAAUGGACGAGGAAGAAGAAACUAGCAAAUCAUCGAAAAAAACGAAAGAAAAUGGAAAACCCAAACGCCUGAGAGCAAAGCGUUCCAUAGUUGAUGACCAGUUCUUUUGUCUAGAGGAUAUGGCUCGGUUUUUGGAUCAGGAAGAUGAGCGAGAAAUGCGCAAAUUAUCGGGAAAACCAGAACGAGAUGCACUGAUUGAUGUCGAUUAUUUCGAUGAAAAUUUUGGGAAGGAAAACGACUCCGAAGAAGACAAUAUGAUGUAUAAUGACUUUUUCGACGACGACGAUGUUGACUCAGAUAUUGAUACGGCGAAGAAACAUACCAAUGAUGUUGAAGAAUCAGAAGAUGAUGAGAUGGUAAAUGAUGAUAAUGAUGAAGAAGACGAAACCGGCGAAGCUAACAAAAACCAGUCAGUAGAAGCAGAAUCUGAGGAUGAAGUUGAACGGAACAGGAGACUUCGAUUUGAACUGUACAACGGUUCGGGUGAUUUCAUUCCAAGCACCUCGGUCAAGAAGUCUGUUGUCCCAAAACCUGAUGUAUCGAAAGACGAAGAUUCUGAACAAGAAACAAAACCGCAAGAUCUAAUUGAGGGCGAAGAUCAGGACCCCAAAUCUUCAUUCGAACUGCGACAGACAAAAUUACAGCAACGGAUUCAGAAAAUGGAAGACCAACUGUUGCAGGAUAAGCCAUGGCAGCUGAAAGGUGAAAUAUCUGCCGAAACGCGUCCCCAAAAUUCUUUGCUGGAAACAAUCGUAGAGUUCGAUUCGGCGACCCGACCUGCGCCCGUUAUCACUGAAGAAACGACGUUGUGUCUCGAGGACAUCAUUCGUCAACGUAUCAAGAAUAAAGCAUUCGAUGACGUGGAACGAAAAAUACGCCCACCCGAUAAUCCCGGGGAAUACCGAAAACUACUGGUGCUGGAUGCGGAGAAGAGCAAAGAGUCGUUGGCACAGAUCUAUGAAAGAGACUAUCUGAAGCAACUAGAAAAGGCUAACCCAGAUACAGAUCUAGCCGAGGAGGAAGAACCCAAGGAGCAUAAAGAAAUUCGUAAUAAAAUGAAAACCUUGCUCGCGCAGCUUGACGCUCUGUCCAACUUCCACUAUACCCCAAGGCCGGCAGUUCCGGAGCUUAAAAUCAUUACCAACACCCAGGCCAUUCAAAUGGAGGAGGUUGCACCGGUGGCCACCAGUGAAGCGGCUCUGUUGGCACCGGAAGAGGUUCACAAUCGUCCCAAGGGUCAGAUGAUGAGUAAAGACGAACGAACUCGUGCCGAUAAAAAUCGCGAGCGACGACUCAAGAAGCGCCACCAAAGUCAAAAGUUCAAUCGACAAGCCGAGAAAGAGCGAAAACUGCUGGAAAAGGGUGUGGCCCCGAAGACAAAGGAUUUGCAGCAAAAACUUCUCAAGAAAGUUACCCAAGCGAAAAAUGUCAGCACUAUGGUGCAAUCGAGCGGAAAAUCGGGUGUUGGCAAGUCCUCUACAGCAUUUUUCUCGCGACUUCAAGAUGAGGUCAGUUCGCAGAUCGUAAGUAAGGCAGAUUCCAGCAAGAAAAAAGCUAAGACCAGCGGUGCGUCCCAUGGGCUUCAAGCAACGCAUGUAAAGCUUUAAUUUUAAAACGUUUAGUUAUCUAUCUUUGAAAAACAUUUGAAUUUGUUUCAACACACUUUGAAAAAAAAAAUAGUUCAAGAAAAAAUAACAGUUAUUUUCAUGACCUUUAUAUAACUUCAAACGAUAUUUUUUUAAAUUUAGUCCAAAUAGAAGAAGUAUUCAGUUUACCGGAUGUUUUUUGUCAUCAUACAUUGAAUUCAAACCAAUUUUUGUAAUAUGUUAGUACUCUAAAUAUGUAUAUUAUCACCUACAAUGUCUUAGACACUCGCCUUUCCAACUCAAAUAUCAGCCUUCAUUUGAACAUCAGAAAGUUGAAUUUUUUCGCCCGGUUUGAAGGCUGGCAUUCCUAAGUACGGGCAGGUUGCACAACGGAAUGCAUCUCCUAGAUAGCACUACAAUUCGAAGAAGAAAAAAAU